CCUUGAUGUAUACAAAUGAUCAGUCCGUGUGUUCGAUUCUCCUGGAGAGUGCAGCCGAUACUUCGGGACUGCAGAUCGUUUGCGUUCGGUAGGAUAAAUUAUCUACGUAAAAAACCUCCAUUAAAGGCAUUUGUGCCAGUCGAUGCAGUGUACGCACCUGUGUCAAAAUUAAAAUUGGUUUUAAAAUGUGGUGCUUUCACAUUGAUAUCUACAAAUGCAAUAUUUGUGGGAUCGUUGAUCUUGGGAUUCGAAGCUUGGCGAGCUCGUCGUUCAACAUCAAAGCAUGGAGUCAUCAAAGAGAAUUUCUUUUCUCGGGUUCGUGAAUAUUUUGAAGGUAUUUUAGGAAGACCUCUGAGAGCCCUUGAUGUGUAUUGGGCUGUUUUGAUUUGCAAUAUCCUGGUUUGUCUUGGUCUCAACAGCGCAUUUUCUGCUAGACUUCUGCGUUAUUUCAGUAGCAGUCCACAUGGGCCUACUCCUGUGUUAUCAAUGCUACUCAGUGUGUUUUCGCAUCAAAGUAUUUUCCAUCUGGCUGUUAAUAUGUAUGUGCUCCACAGUUUCGCAUUGUCUGUAAUUUCAUUAAUUGGGGCCGAAGGUUUUAUCAGUCUUUUCAUUGCUGGUGGAAUUUUCUCAAACUAUGUUAGUUUGAUCAACAAAAUUUUCCGUCGGUCUACUCUCCAAUCUAUUGGUGCAAGUGGAGGAAUAUGUGCUAUAGUUGGCGCAUUCGCCAUGCUUCAACCAGACGCUAGACUGUGUAUACCAUUUGUUGUAGACAUUAUACCUCAUUCAUUUCAAGCGACUAGUGCUGUUUGGUGCAUGUUAUGCCUUGAAGCAAUUGGUACUUUGUUCUUCACCCAUAGAAGUGUAUUCGAUCAUGCAGCGCAUGCUGGCGGUCUGCUUUUUGGCAUGUUAUACGGUAUGAAUGGAGCUGAUUUCAUAUGGGAACGACGUCGUGCUGUUUUAUCUUGGUGGAGAAGCAUUCGUGAUCAGAAAUAAAUCGUACAUGUUAUGAAUUUUCUACUACAAGUACCCUAUACCUAGAACAUUUUAAAUAUUCUAUAUGGUGAUUUUAUAUUUUGCAUGUUAUAUCAUCUUGUACAGUCAGUAUGGCUUUUGAUGCAUUUACGUAUUUUCAACCUCGUUGAAGGUACAGUCUGUGUUAUUUAUUGUUUGAAUUUCGUUAAUAUGUGGAGUUUCGUUCAACCGCUUUUACAGAGGAUUAUUUGAAGUGUUUACAGAGAAUCAGCUACAGUGUGUUCGUAGUAUUUUUCCUUUUUGUGUAAAACAGAUGAUAUCAGCAGGUAUUAGCUCCUAUAUGGUUACGACUGCGACCUUCUGACUCACAUAAAAUCAUUUUCAUCAUUUUAUCCUAUUCGGAGUUGUAAUAAGAAAGUAUUACGUUUGUAAGAUAUAAUAUGCCCUUGUAGAUAGGAAACUCACAGCAGUACUCAAAGGAUAGUAAUUAUUGACUGAACCACGAUAUUUGGAACAAUCAGUCCCUUUCAUGAAUUUAGAUGUCAUCAAAAUAUCUCUUGUAAAGAGAAACUUUAUCAAUGUCAUCACCUGCUAGAUUUUCGAUAUGUGACAUAAAAAUAUCGGUUAGUAAAUGGUCUUAAGGGACUAACCGUAGCUACACCAUCAACUUAUCGAAAGCGUUCACCUUCAGAUGUGAAAUGAACUUUCUCGGUACACAGUAAUGAUAGCUCCCUCAGAAAAGUUGGAGUAAUAGGAAAUAGGAUGUUUCUAAAAGAUAGGUACUCACAGAGAAUGUUAUUAGUCUUGGACAACGGGACGUUAUUGAAUAAAGAAUUUGCAUCGAAAGAGUACACAGAUAUUUUGGUAUUAGGUUGUAUAUGAUAGGUCAUUCAUCAAACUUCUAAUGUGGUGAGGUGAAUAUCUAAAAUCGUUUCGUGUAUAUGCGUGUAUUGAGAUGCAUACAGCUAAAUAAUCAGUCGUGAGUCAACCUUUGUACUCGACCAAAGUUACUGCCAUUCCUCCUAAUCUAGUAAAUUGGAUGUUCUAAUCAUUAAACCGCUGAUCAAUGAGAAAGCAGUUUACUUUCACAUUCAACUUUACUUACUUUUAGGAAUAUUGGUCAGUUGUUUAGACUGUUCCAGUUCAUUUUUCACUUUUCCUGAAUAAAAUGCAUAUCAUGCAUAGUCUUUUUUUUUCAAUUUUAAAGUGGUCACUGAGUGUUUGACGAACUUUGACAUUUUUGUUAUUACGUUAUAUUUACGUGUGUUCAGUAUUCCUGGUGGUCAGUGAU